CUUCUUCUUGUUAGCCUUUCACAUUCACAUUUCCUAUCUUAUUCUUUGUUUAGUAACCACUGUUGUUCCUAUUCUUGGAUCACAUUGGAUCUAGUCUAUGAAUGGCAAACCUAAGUUCUUUAGCUCAGCUAUGGCCUUUUUUUGUCAGAAUAUGUAUUCUAAGUCUUGUCUUCAACUUCAAGAUCAUUGCAUUAGGAGAUGAUAAUGAUGGAAGUAGUGGUGAUUUUACAUCAUCAUCAGAAACUAGAUGCAAGAAUACAAAUUUUCAAAUUUUCCUCCCUCCACCUUAUCAGAAUAUUUCAUCUACAAUAUGCAAACCUGUUUGGCAUACAUAUGAAUUGAGGUACACAAAAAAUGAUGAUACUACAACAAUCAUAUUAUCAGCACCCUACACGGUUGGGUGGGUAGGGAUUGGAUUUUCAAGAGAUGGUAAAAUGGUAGGUUCAAGUGCAAUGGUGGGAUGGAUUAAUAAAAAGGGCCAUGCGAAAAUCAAGCAGUAUUAUCUAAGAGGUAACAAAUCAUCAGAAGUCAUUGUAAACAAAGGUGAACUGCCUCUAAAUACUGUGCCUGCUGCUGUGGCAACAAAUGGAGCAGAAAUCUAUUUGGCAUUUCAGCUUCAAACAACAGUUCCAUUCGGGAAGCAACCGAUUCUAUUGGCUUUUAGUACUAAGCAUCCACACGAACACCAUCUGUCAAAACACGAUGACGAAACAUCGAUCAUAUUCGAUUUUACUUCAUCUUCUUCAGAUUCUAAGGAUUCUUCAUCCAAUGAUUUGGUUCAGAUGAGAAAGAACCAUGGAAUAGUUGGUGUAAUAGGGUGGGGUUUGAUCCUUCCUGUAGGGGCUAUUGUUGCUAGAUACUUCAAACACAAGGAACCAAUUUGGUUCUAUCUACAUUCAAUUUUUCAAUUUGUUGGAUUUGUAUUUGGUCUUGUCACUGUCCUUCUUGGAUUACAACUACAUUCCAAAAUGCAUGUUCAUAUACCGGCUCACAAAGGAAUUGGCAUUUUUGUCCUUGUGCUUAGCAUUCUUCAGGUAUUAGCAUUUUUCUUGAGACCAAAUAGGGAUUCCAAGUUUCGCAAAAUUUGGAAUUUGUACCAUGGUUGGUUUGGAAGAAUGGCAUUAUUCUUUGCAGCCUUGAACAUAGUUUUGGGAAUGCAAGCUGCAGGAGCAGGGAAUAAUUGGAAAACAAGCUAUGGAUUCCUUGUUGGAAUCAUACUUGUCGCAGUUAUCGUUCUAGAAGUAUUGGCCUAUUUGAAAAGAUCAGAGAAACGUUCUCUUCCUCCGAAUUUCCAAAUGGACCCUCUUGAAGAAACCUUUCCAAGUAAUAAUCUACCAAAAGGGUGAAUGAUGAAUGUGUUGGCUCCUAGUUUUGCACUUGUAUAAAAUCAUCCUUAUGGAAUGAUGUAGAUAUAUAGCUACAUAGAAGUUUGCCAAGAAGGACAAUCCUAACUUUGGCUUCCUUACAUGAACUUGAGAUUGAAGUUUUUUUUUGUUUUCUUCAUUUGAGUUUCUGUUGCUGCUUGAUCGAGUGUAAUGUGUGUUUUUUACAUCUCUAGUUUGUUUUGUUCUGUACAAUAGACAUGUUUUUGAAAUUUAAGAAUGUUAUUGGAAUGAUCAUGUUUUGAUCAAAAGACAUUAUUCAUAAUUAUUUAGAGAAAAUGGAAUGUAAAUAACAACUAACAAACUCCUAACUUAGUUUAACAAUCACAAUAUUUAAAUGAAAAUAUUUGAUGAAA